UCGCUAAAGACAGUGGCAUGUUUUUAGUGCAGAUUUUUAUAAUAGGAAUCAAAUAUUUCGUGUGUCUAACGUAGUUGUUAACAAAACUAUUUUCGCGGCAGUGCCUUCAAAAAUACCUUAAUAUAGGAAAUUUUAGUUUAAUUGCAGUCAGAAUUAGUGAUGGUGUAUAUAUUUUAUUUGGAACUACUGAUGUGCACCGUUACAUUUGCUAAAAGCGUUCCGGCUGACUUUAAAGAGGAACCAUUGGAAAAUGAGGUAAUCACAUACGACUUUCCAUUCGUAAGGCGUGGAAAAUGGAACGCAAGGAAACCCAAACACACCCUGCAUCUAAAUGUACCUGUUCCAUAUGUUGUAAUCCACCACUCCUAUUCACCACCUGCCUGCGAAGACGGAAUCAGCUGUGCGCAAGCAAUGAGGUCUAUGCAGAAUUACCACAUGGAUGAGCAUGAAUGGUGGGAUAUUGGAUAUAAUUUUGGUAUCGGCGGUGAUGGAGCUGCGUACGAAGGUCGAGGUUGGACAGUCCUUGGUGCUCAUUCACUGCGCUUUAAUAACUACAGUCUUGGAAUAUGCCUUAUUGGGGACUGGAGAUAUAAAGUACCGCCAGCGCGACAAAUAAAAACCGCUAAAGAAUUAAUAUCCACUGGUGUAGAUCUCGGAUUUAUCAAAACAGAUUAUAAACUCAUAGGUCAUAGACAAGUGAGGGAAACAGAAUGUCCUGGCGAUGCGCUUUAUGAAGAGAUAAAACAGUGGAAGAAUUACUCUCCAUUUCCGGCUACAGUGACGGAUUUGCCGGAUGUUGUAGAGAUACCAGAGUCUAUUAGAGGACAGUGGAAGGAGAAUGGGACUAUGAAAAGUUGAAAUGACUGAAUCUGAAGGCUAAGUUAAAGUAGUUUUAGGUGUUGUAGAAGUUUAAUAAAAAAGUUCCUUAACAUUAUUUAUCUACGUAAUAAAAUUUAUAAUACAUAUU